UAACCGGAGCUUUCAUCCAGAGCAGGGAGCAGCCAUAGAAGAGGAGAAACCGAAAGGAACACUUACCCCGCCCCCGCCAACAGCUGAUUGGUGUAAAGUCCUAUAGCGACUCUCCGUUAUUGGCGGGUUAUUGCCCCGCGGACAAUUUGAAUUCCACAAGCGGCGCACAUGUCGGGGUUCCUGUAGUUCAUGUCGGGGUUCCUGUGGCUCUUAUUUCGGAUGUUUCCUUCAUUGAUAUUCUCCCAUGCGGGGGUCGUCCUGCUUGUGUCCUGUCUGUCCGCCUGUACGGUCCAUGCAGACAGCCACGUCCUUCAGUAUUAUUUCACAGCCUUACAAAAGAGUGGCGAACCGUUUCAUUGGUACUCCAUUGUGGGAGUAAUGGAUGGCCUACAGGUUGCAAAGUAUAAGAGCGACACCCAAAAGAUUGACAGCCGAUAUGUUUGGAUGAAGGACCCCUGGAAAACACAGAAGUGGGUGGAGAACGUCACCCUGCUGGCCCAUAAAUACGAGCGAGCACACCGCAGCACUCUGCAACGCAUUGAGAGAAUGUUCAACCAAUCUGUCGACUUUCACACAUACCAAAUAAAAUUUGAGUGCGUGUAUUAUGAGGACUGCAGCAUCGGCGGACACACUGAGUUUGGAUACAACGGGAGAGAACUCGUCUUCUUUGACAAGCAGGCAUUAAUGUAUUUCCCAGCAGUGGAGAAAGCACAGAUAUUAACACAGGAAUGGAACAGGGAUCAGCAAACCACUCGGGCAGAUAAAGAGUUUUCAGAGGAACAUUGCGUUGAAUGGAUUACCAAGUACAGGAAACAUGUGAAAGAGGAACUGAAAACUGAUGUCCCACCAGAGGUGAAGGUGUGGGGUCGCCAUCGUUCAGACGGGAUGACAAGACUAUACUGCCUGGUGUACGGGUUUCACCCCCGACCUGUGGAUGUGAAGUGGAUGAGGAAUGGGACAGACCAUAUUCCUUCAGAUGAAAUGACUCCAAUUCUCCCCCAUCCUGAUGGCACCUAUCAGAUCAGAGUCAGUGUGGGAGUUCUGGUCAGCAAUGAUGCAUACGCCUGUCAUGUGGAACACAGAAGCAUGGAGAAGACACUAAUUGUGGAUCUAAACGAGAUGGAUCUUGAAGGCUUCCUAGAGCAACGCCAUCUUCCAAUCUCUAUCUACCAACGCCAUCGCACAAUUGGAUUUUCACUCUUAGCAUUCUCAUUUUUAGCCAUUACAUUUUCUUUUAUGUGCGUAUAUUUUUUUUUUGUCCGGUAAGUACAAGGUUUACGAUCACUGUCCAACAAUGCCGC